AUAUGAGGCGCAUCUCAGUCGUUCGUGUGAAAAUUGCAGUAACUACCUAGUGCAAAGUUCAUCGGGUUUCCUUCUCGGGGAGGCGCAUAUGAAUAAAGGACGCCAAAAGCCACGUGCGUGUUUUAAUUCACGGCCGUGUGAUUUGCACGGUCAGAAUGCAACGCGAACGUCUCGUCGUGAAAUACGUCACGGCAAAUAAUUGCUUCGCGCAUCUGUCUGCUACGUGGACGCGUCGUUUAGAAGCUGAGGAAAAUGCGAUCGAAAUGUCACACAAAGGGAGGCUGUAUUAUCUCUCUUGCGUUCCUCGGGUUGAUAACGAGAAUAUAUUAUCUAUCGGAGCGACAUUCGCGAGGAGUUUGAACAUCCAGGAGGAAGACGAAGUACUCGUAUCAUCUUUGAAAAAUGUGCCUUCGUUAAGUAGCAUUAAAAUCAUUCCUCGCACGACGAGCGAUCGCGAGCUUCUGGAAUUGCAAAUGGAAAGGGUGCAAUCAAAUCUCUUGAGUCAAGUGAGAAUCGUCGCUAAAGGACAGCCGAUUGUGGCGUGGAUCUCCAAGUUUUCUUCUGUAACUUUUGUUGUGGAAGAUUUGGAGCCGAAAUUUGCAUAUGGAUUCCUCCAACAAUUCACGGAAGUGCAUGUGCUCGAUGCGAUCCCGAAUGCAACGAUAAAGGACGCAGAUGUAAAGAAGGAUAUCGCCAACAAGAUAGGCAACAGUUCUCUGGCCAAAAUCUUGCCUUACUUUUCCAAAGAAAAGAAUGAUUGCGAUUCGAGAGACAAAGCUGCAAAUUAUGCAUUAUUGCAAAGUUUUCGCCAAAAGAGCGUACCUCGCGUAUUUCGCGUUUAUUCUCUACCGGAAUUUCGGUCCUUUGAUCACUCAAACUCUUACGACAUGAUCCUGCGAUGUCCCUGCAAUGUCCUGAUUCCAAAAAGUCAUUUGCCAAAAAACGCGAAAUCGACCAGUGGAAUAAUUAUGUGUAAAAUUAAAAAAGUAUUAGAGGAUUGGCAGCAAGUUAACGUCACUAGCACAAAUUUUCUAAAGGACGAGGGUCCUUCUCCAUUCCCGAAAUCUCCGCAAGAGCUUGUCGCAAGAAUUUAUGUUCUCGAAGAUAUUUUAGAAAAAUGUUCCGCAUUGUUAGACAGGAAGUAUUUCGAUCUGAAUUCGAUUCACUCUUGCGUAUAUCUAUCGGAGAGUUCGAGGAUCACUCUGAAAUUGAAAGUGGGAAGUAGAGUGAUGGUACAGAUGAUCGAGGAAGUUGAUGAACAGUUGCAGCCGUCAUCGGUGGACAUUUUCCCCUCCAAUCAAUCGAUAACGGCGGAAGUUUUCCAAGAUUACGUGAAAUUCCAUUCGAGACACGAGGCACUUUUACUGAAUUCAUGCUCAACGAUUUUGCUCAACGACGGCGAACGAUGUGUUGUCCGAAUGUCACCUGCGAAUUGCGAUUACGUAACAUUAGACGAGAGAACUAUGAAAAACUUGGUGGUCCACGUUCGGUCUGUGUUGAGUUCGAACGAUGCGGAAAUCGCGAAAAAUUGUACCGAGGAAAAAUUGGAGCUGAAGAAAAUUUCCACGAGAUUUACAAAGAGUAUCCUCGAAGAUUGCGAGAUCACGCUCGAUCUCAGUUUAGGUCUGCGGAGACCGGUGGACUUCCGAUACGAUCGAGAGAAUAUUUUGAUAUGCGGCGAUCUGGGCUCCGGCAAAACGACCAUCUGCAAAAUACUAAUCGAGCGUUAUCGCGAGGCGCCCUGUUUCGCCCACACGCACACGAUUGAUUGCAGGUCACUGAAAGGUAAGAAAGUAGAGACACUGCAGAAAAUUAUUACAUCUGCCAUGAAUGAAUGCAUGUAUUAUCAACCAUCCAUACUGUUUUUGGACGAUUUGGAGAGUAUUACAAAUGCGUCAUUAAACGACGAGGAAAAUACAAUCGAUGCGACAAAUGCUUCCAGAAUUACCGAUAUGCUGUUUAAUAUCGUCACGCAAUAUCAGGAGUGUCAUUAUAUCUCGAUCAUCGCUACCUGUGUCAACGUAAACAAGAUCGGCUCGAAAUUACGACCGGCGAGAGGUGUACAGUUCUUUAGGACGAUCUUGCAGAUCCCUAAUCUCGAGAAGGUGGAUAGAAUCGAUAUUUUGCGAUUAACACUCGAGGACAAGUUGUGCGUGCCUGGAGACAUGAAUUGGAAUUACUAUGGAAACAAGACCGAGGGCUGGAUGCCUCAGGAUCUCGUCGAUUUAUCAGAGAAGGCGAGAUUCGUCGCGUGGAAGCGUCACGCGGCAGGCGAAUUGAAACCACCAAUUAUCGUGACGGAAGAAGACAUGAAUAGUGCACUGGAAAAUAGCACACCGAUGUCCCUGCAGGGUGUGCAGUUGUAUAAGAAUGACAGACAUUCUUGGUCCAACAUCGGCGGCCUGGCAGACACCAAGAGUUCUCUCAUGGAAAUUCUCCAGUGGCCGCUCACGUAUCCGGAGAUCUUCAAGAACGCUCCGAUAAAGCUCCAGAGCGGUGUCUUGCUGUACGGAAUGCCUGGUACCGGGAAGACGAUGUUGGCCAAAGCAAUCGCCGGCGAAUGCGGCGUGAAUUUGAUUAGUAUCAAAGGUCCAGAAUUGCUGUCAAAAUAUAUAGGUGUCAGCGAGGAAUCUGUGAGAAAUGUGUUUGAAAGAGCUCGUCGCGCAAAGCCAUGCGUUUUGUUCUUCGAUGAAUUCGACAGUCUCGCACCUAGACGCGGACACGACAGUACCGGAGUGACUGAUCGGGUAGUGAAUCAGCUGUUAACUCAACUCGACGGAGUUGAGGAUCGUGAGGGAGUAGCCGUCGUGGCAGCGUCCUCGAGGCCAGACUUGCUCGACCCGGCUCUUCUGAGACCUGGACGCCUCGACAAGUGUUUGCAUUGUCCUUUACCGGAUGCAACGGAGAGAGAAGCGAUCUUCGCGGUCCUGUGCGAUUCUCAAAACGUAGACAGGACGCAGUUAGAUCUAAAAGAACUAUCCCUGCUCUCCGACGGAUUCACCGGUGCUGACGUCAACGCGGCGAUCACUCUGGCGAGAUUGUCGGCGUUCGAGGAUGCCUUGGCAAUCGCGGCCGACGGCAAAGUCGAUGCGGCCGACAUCAAAGUCACGCAAAGGCAUCUCGUCGAGUCUGUCAGAUCGACAAGACCAUCUUUGUCUAUCGCGGAGAAACUUAAAUACACCAAAAUUUACGCCAGGUUUUCCAAGGGGGAUAACUUCGCAGAGGAUGUGCUAAGGAAUCAGAAGGCGACACUGGCUUAAAAUUGAACGAGUGAAUUCGAAUUUUUUUCCAAAUGAUUCUUUUCAAGCGAGAAAUAUUUUUGAUAAGAAACAGAUAAAAAAUGCAACAUAAAUGGAAAAGGAAAUUAAUAAAAAUUUGUUUCUUUAUA